AUGGAUAAGUUUCGGAUGAUGUUCCAGUUCUUGCAGGCCAACCAGGAGUCGUUCAUGAACGGUAUCUGUGGUAUAAUGGCCUUGGCCAGCGUUCAGCUUUACUCCUCUUUCGAGUUCACCUGCCCGUGUCUCCCGGAGUACAACCUCGCCUACGGCCUGGGGAUCCUGCUCGUUCCGGCUGUGUGGUUCUUCAUGCUGGGCUUCGUGCUCAAUAACAAUAUUUCGAUGGUGACGGAGGAGUGGAGGAGGCCCGCGGGAGCGCGCAGGAAAGAGCCGCGCGUGCUGCGCUACAUGCUGUGCUCGAUGACGCAGCGCGCGCUCAUCGCGCCCUCCGUGUGGAUCGCUGUGAGUCUGAUGCACGGGGAGAGUCUGCUGUGCGCGUGCAGCGCCGCCGCCGACCUGCGCCGCUUCUUCAACCGGAGCCGCGCCGCGCCGCCCGAGCGAGAGCUCGCGAGACUACUGGCGCGAAUUCCCUGCGAGAACGUGUUCGACGGGCACGAGCUUAUCUCCCGCGAGGCGGCGAGCAGGUACAUCCGGUGCAUGUCACAGGCCUGUGGAUGGACAUUUUUGCUGAUUAUCACUUUAGUGGCCUUUAUGGUAAGGGGGAUCAGACCAUGUUUUACACAAGCUGCCUUCUUGAAAAGCAAGUACUGGUCCCAUUAUAUUGAUACGGAGCGCAGGCUAUUUGACGAGACGUGCAGGGAGCACGCCAAGAGCUUUGCCAAGGUCUGUAUACAGCAGUAUUUUGAAAGCAUUAGUGGUGAAAUUAUGGUAUUUCACAACCAUCACUCACAAAAGGGAGAAAACCUGAAACACAAUAAAGAAGAAACACACACAAGUGAAGAAGAAAAGCUCCUAGGCAUCCGUGAAAAGGACUACAUGAAUAAAGUUCUGUGGAACUGGCAUACGUGUAAACCCCCGCUACACCUUCACAAACGAGGAAAAGAAGAAAGCGUGAGUGAACACUCAGGUGUUCAUGCUCACAGUAACGACUCUCAUAGUCAGAAAUCAGUAAAGAAUGGAUAUGUUGCAUAUUAUUCCAAAAUGGCUGCGCUUAUUUCAGAAAACUUCAAAUUUGCUGCUCUCUUCUUCAAAAGCAAGGAUGUAGUGAUCUUCAAUGGCCUCAUUGCUUUGGGAACAGUGGCCAGUCAGACGGCGUACAACAUUUUUGCCUUUGAGUGCCCAUGUUCUUCAGAGAGAAAUUACCUGUAUGGGCUAGCUGCUAUUGGUGUUCCUGCACUGGUUUUUUUUAUCAUUGGGAUUAUGCUUAAUCGGAACACAUGGGACCUUGUUUCUGAGUGUCGCAUCAGAAAAUGCCGGAAGCUCUCCGUGGCUGCUGCCUUUGCUCUACUGGGGUCAAUAGUGGGCCGAGCGGUAGUGGCCCCUAUUACCUGGUCUGUCCUCUCACUCCUCAGAGGAGAGGCCUAUGUCUGCGCUCUCAGUGAGUUUGUGGACCCUCUGUCUUUGGAAAACUUCCCCUCUACUCCUCAGGGCCCGAAUGUCAUGGCCCGCUUUCCAUGCAAAGAUGUACCCUUAGAGUUGCUGCACUUCUGGGGAGAAAUUCAACGUCGCCUCAAGUAUGAAUCUCAGCUGCUGGGCUGGCUGAUCGUUGCUGUCAUCUCACUUGGUGUUUUCCUGAUACUGUGUCUGAAGCGCUGCUGCUCUCCCCUGGGCUACCAGCAGGAGGCGUACUGGUCCAGCUACCGCUCCAAUGAGCAUUUUCUCUUCCAGCGCACUGCUGAUGCUCAUGCUAGGAUCCAUGCUGCUGAGAAUGUCAAGAGCUUCUUUGGGUUCGUGGCCCUGGAGAAAGAGGAAAAAGAGCUUCUGGCAGAGUGCCAGAGAGCUAGAAGUGAUAUAUCCAGCCUGGAGUGGAACCGUGUAACAGGUGUUUACUUAUACAGAGAGAACAAAGGAACACCGCUGUAUAGUCGCCUCAAUAAAUGGUCCCAUUACACUGAGGAGGACAACCAUGAGGGCAUUGCGAAAGAGAUGGACAUGUUAUGUUAGGGUGGUAAAUCUCACUGACCAUAGUAGUCUGUUUUUUUUUUUUUUAUAACAGUUCAUUGAACAACUAGGACAUGGUGUGUAUUAACCAAAAUGCUAUGUAAUUAUAAAAUGUUAUUUUGGCCUUGCUGUGGAACUGGAUAUUCUUUUUUUUGCCAUUUGCUUUGAUGUGAUGAUGUGAUAACUUAUUUUUGGAGAUCCUUAGCGAUGGCCUAGUGAUGGUAUGCUGUUUUUAGAUGCAGUGAUUGUACUUUAAGGCUUAAAUACCAUCAGCAGUUUCUUAAAGGCACCGAAAAACAUUUAAUUUAUUACUUUAAAGAUGGGCUAGUUACUGACAAUGUUUCCAGUUUGAUUAAUGGCUGUGCUGUGUGUUAAGCCAUAUUUUUAUUAGGCUUUAGGUAUAUCUCAAGGAUGUUAGGCUGUGGUGUCUACUUGUCUACUUGUCAGCUAUUCUCUCAGGGCUAACUGAGUGUAAAAUACACAUAAGUUGUUGCAAUAAACUGACUUUUCAACAGUGGAUGUUUGUUGGUGGUAGAGCUGUAUCAUAAUUCUCACUAUGUAAUAAAUGCUUCUGAAAAAAAGAGUUAUAAAAGCAUUGACAGAAAGUCUGGUAAUGUUAGAUUUGGAACUGUUAAUUAGGUUUCCAUUCACAUUGCUGGUAAAGCAGCUCCAGAUGGCUCUUGCAUUUUAUCACUUGAAACACUGGCAGGGGGUAAAACUGUGGCAAACACAACAUGAGCAGGCUGCUAAAAAUAGCUUCUACAAGCCUCCAGUUCACCUUGGUUUUUAGACACCUCUUUUCAAACAUACUUUUUUUUCAAUCUGUGUAAAUAUAAGUUGCAAAAUGGCAUAAAUAAAAUGGAAUAAAAUGUUUUAACAGUCAAA